AUGUCUGGAACUGAAUCACUAAGCCAAGUUCAACAUGCCUUGAGUACUAUGUAUUCAAAUGCGUCGCAUGAGGACAAAAAGCAAGCCACCAGGUUUUUAGAGUCAUUCCAAAAAUCGCAGGAAGCAUGGGAAUUAACUCAUCAAAUCAUAAGCAAUAGUGGAGAAUCGAUACAAUUUAAGCUAUUUGCGGCACAGACGUUAAGGUCUAAGAUCACUUACGACUUGCACCAAGUUUCUGAGGCCAACUUGGACCAAUUAAAGGAUUCGGUCAUCGAGCUAAUUACAAAAUAUCCAGACCACUCGGGAAGAAUAAUCAGAACUCAGUUGUGUAUUUCGUUAUCGCAGCUUGCGUUACAGUACUUGACGUGGAAGGGUGCAAUGACGGAGAUCAUUUCGAAAUUGUCGGCGGAUCAAACUACAAUUCCAUGUUUAUUGGACUUUUUGAAGAUUCUACCAGAGGAAUUAUCGGACGUUAAGAAGACGUCAUUGACCGAUGAAGAGUUUAAUGUGAGAACUCAAGAAUUGAUCACCAGUAACGUGGAACAAGUGUUAUUGAUUUUGCAAAAGUUGACGGAAUCAUCGAGCUCCAAGGAGGUCAACACCUUGAUCUUGGACUGUUUGAAUAGUUGGAUUAAGGAAUGUCCUAUCGAAACCAUCUUACAAAUUAAUUCAUUGACCAACUUGAUCUUCCAAUCUUUAACUGACGAUCAAACCUUUGAUCAAUCAAUUGAAUGUCUUUGUACAAUAAUGAGAGAAACAAGAGACAUCGAAAACCACGAAUUGAUUGAUGCAUUGUAUCAGCAGCUCAUUCAAUUGAAUACAUAUAUGUCUUCUAAUAAAGAAAAAUUAGAAGACCCUGAAACUUUCAGUGGCUUAACAAGACUUUAUGUUGAAGCAAGUGAAUCAUGGCAUGUAUUAAUUGCAAAAAACCCAAAGCAUUUCAAGCCAUUGGUUGAGAUCUUACUUGAAUGCUGUAAAUAUGAAGAAGAUCUUGAUGUGGUAAAGUACACAUUUUACUUUUGGCACCUUUUAAAGCAACUAAUCACUAUACCUAAAUUUCAGGAUUCUAAAUUGGAAUUUCGAGAUGUUUACAGCAAAUUAAUUUCAAUUAUAAUUAAGCAUUUGACAUACCCCAUUGUAGCGGAUGUUGAGAACUUAUUUGACGGUGACAGAGAACAAGAAGAUAAGUUUAAAGAAUUUCGUUAUGAAAUGGGUGAUGUCUUAAAAGAUUGUUGUGCAGUAGUUGGACCAACUAUUUCAUUGAACAUUCCAUUUCAGCAAAUUCAGACUAUUUUAAACACCAAUGCUAAUGAAACCAGAUGGCAAUAUUUAGAAGCUCCAUUAUUCUCUAUGAGAGCAAUGGCAAAAGAGAUUCCGUUAAAAGAAAAAACGAUUUUACCAACUAUUAUGAAUUGUUUGAUUCAAUUACCCGAACAUGCGAAGAUAAGAUAUGCAGCCACUUUAGUGUUAGGUCGUUAUACUGAAUGGACGUCGAAGAACCCAGAGUUUUUGGAGCCACAAUUAAACUAUAUUAUUAAAGGUUUUGAAGUAGCAAAUAACACUAAUAACAAAGAUAUUAUUGUUGCUGCUUCUCAUGCAUUAAUGUAUUUCUGUCAGGAUUGUUCAUCUUUAUUGGUUAAUUAUUUGGAACAAUUAUACAUGUUAUACGGACAAGUUAGAGAACAGUUAGAUAUUGAGUCUGCUUAUGAAUUAGUGGAUGGAUUAGCACAUGUCAUAAAACAAAUUCCGUUAGAGAAUUCAUAUCAGACUUGCGAAAUGUUCUGGAAACCUACUUUGUCUACCUUAUCUUCUUUAUCAAGUAAUGCUAAUGCUAACGAUGAGAGUAUUAAUGUAUUAAUUGCUGACCAGAUAGAAAUAUUAACGACCUUUAUUGGAGUAUUAAGAUGCUCAGAUUAUGAAAAGUCUGAUUAUCCUAUCUGUACUUUAUUCAUAAAAGAAGUUUGGCCAGCAGCUUCAAGCAUAUUGCUGAAUUAUGGCAAGUCUUUAAAAGUCAGUGAGAGAAUACUAAAGUUAAUUAAGAGUGCAAUUCAAUCAUUCAGUACUCACUUAACCCCAAUAUUAUCAGAUGUUGCUAACAUUUUACAUCACGGGUUUAAGCAAACCAAGUUCGGGUGUUAUUUAUGGGUAUCAGGGAUAUUAAUUAGAGAAUUCGGCGAUGAGUACUCUUCAGGCGAUAUCAAGGAAUCAGUUUAUCAAUUUGGUUUAUCCCAAUGCUCGCUAUUCUUCGAAUUGAUAAAGUGUGAGAAUGACUUGAAGGAUAUACCUGACGUUGUUGAGGACUUCUUCAGGAUGAUGAAUGAUUUAUUGAUGUUCUAUCCAUUCAAGAUAAUACCGAACUUGGAUUUGCUCAAAUCGACAAUAGAUGCCAGUGUCGCCACAUUAAGCUCUCUAGAACAAUUUGAACCACUUGUUUCUUGCUUACAUUUUCUUAUUGACUUUAUCUCGUGGGGAUUGCCUACUCCACCUAUAUCAUUUUUCGACGAGAAUCCACAGCAUAUUCAAGACACUGUCAAACAAUUCUUAGUUAUGAAUGACAAUGGAGGUAAUCUUAUCAAGGUUGUGCUAGAUGGUCUAAUUUUUACUUUCCAUAACGACAUCCAACAGGAUGCGAGUGAUUUGCUUCUCAAAAUCUUAAUUGUGGUGCCAGAAUACUCCAUUGCAAUAAACUGGUUAACGAAUGUCGUCAAAAGCUUGUCUAAUGUUAAUGAGAAAGAAGUAGAGAAACUAAUCAAUACUGUUAGUGUUGCAUUGCCAAAUAAAGAUAACAGAAGAAUUAGAUCCUCAAUAAGAGACUUUGUUAAUUGGUAUUCUAGGAAAAACGUUACCCCCAGAGCUGAAUUUUAA